AUGACUUUCCGCGACCUCCUGAGCGUCAGUUUCGAGGGACCCCGCCCGGACAGCGGCUCCGGGGGCGCCGGCUCGGGCGCCGACUGCACCGCGGCCGUCGGGGGUCUGGUGGUGAGCGCGCAGGGCUUGGGCGUGGGCGUCUUCCUGGCCGCCUUCAUCCUCACCGCAGUGGCAGGCAACCUGCUUGUCAUCCUGUCAGUGGCCUGCAACCGCCACCUGCAGACGGUCACCAACUACUUUAUUGUCAACCUGGCCGUGGCCGACCUGCUGCUGAGUGCCACGGUGCUGCCCUUCUCUGCCACCAUGGAGGUCCUGGGCUUCUGGGCCUUUGGGCGGGCCUUCUGCGACGUGUGGGCCGCGGUGGACGUGCUGUGCUGCACCGCCUCCAUCCUCAGCCUCUGCACCAUCUCCGUGGACCGGUACGUGGGUGUACGCCACUCGCUCAAGUACCCCGCCAUCAUGACGGAACGCAAGGCGGCCGCCAUCCUUGCACUGCUCUGGGUAGUAGCCCUUGUGGUAUCCGUUGGGCCGCUGCUGGGCUGGAAGGAGCCAGUGCCUCCCGACGAGCGCUUCUGCGGCAUCACCGAGGAGGCAGGUUACGCCGUCUUCUCCUCCGUGUGCUCCUUCUACCUGCCCAUGGCGGUCAUCGUAGUUAUGUACUGCCGCGUGUACCUAGUCGCGCGCAGCACCACGCGCAGCCUCGAGGCAGGCGUCAAGCGCGAGCGGGGCAAAGCCUCGGAGGUGGUGCUACGCAUCCACUGUCGAGGUGCGGGCACAGGCACCGACGGGGCGCACGAGGCGCGCACCGCCAAGGGCCACAACUUCCGCAGUUCGCUCUCUGUGCGCCUGCUCAAAUUCUCCCGCGAGAAGAAGGCGGCCAAGACCCUGGCCAUCGUCGUGGGCGUCUUCGUGCUCUGCUGGUUCCCCUUUUUCUUCGUCCUGCCGCUUGGCUCCCUGUUCCCGCACCUGAAGCCAUCGGAGGGCGUCUUCAAGGUUAUCUUCUGGCUAGGCUACUUCAACAGCUGCGUGAAUCCCCUCAUCUACCCCUGUUCCAGCCGCGAGUUCAAACGCGCCUUCCUCCGCCUCCUACGCUGCCAAUGCCGUCGUCGCCGGCGGCGGCGCCCCCUCUGGCGCGUCUACGACCACCACUGGCGAGCAUCGACCGGCGGCCCGCGCUCCGACUGGGACCCUGGCCCAGGCGACGCGCCCCCCGGGGCCCCGCUGGCCCUCACUGCGCCCCCGGCCCCCUGCUCCCCAGGCACGUCUGAGGCGCAGCCUCCAACCGCGGUUGGGCGUAAGUCUCCUUGCUCCUUCCGUGAGUGGAGGUUGUUCGGACCGUUUCGGAGACCUACCACCCAAUUGCGUGCCAAGGUCUCCAGCCUGUCGCACAAGAUCCGCGGCGGGGGCGCGCAGCGCGCAGAGGCCGCGUGCACCUUGCGCGCGGAGGUGGAGGCUGUGUGCCUUAGUGUCCCCCACGAUGUGUCUGAAGGCGCCACCUGCCAGGCCUAUGGCUUGGCUGACUACAGCAACCUCCGGGAGACUGAUAUUUAA